CGCCCGGCCUCUCCGAUACAGCCGCCGCGUGCUAAACUCAGCGUGCGUGUGAGCGCGCGCUCUGCCCACCCCCCCUUCAUCCCCUCAGUCCGCUGCUCACUGUGAAUGAGUGACCUGCAGUCACUGCGGCCCGACACGCCACCUUCACCACCAGAGGAGCGCGCGAGAAAGAGUCGAACCAUGGUUCUCCUGUCCCCACCUCAGGCCUUGGAUGCCCUGGCUCCCUCAGAGCUCAUUGAAGAAGGGGACAUAGAGCUGGAUGGCAGCCCCAAGUCCCCUCAAGCCUUCACAGCCCUGCAGCUUGCCCUCAACCCCUCCGCCACGGUCUACCACGGUUAUGAAACCUACAUAGAGGAAGGCCUCAUCUGUCUGAAGCAUAAGAUUCGCAACAUUGAGAAAAAGAAGCUGAAGCUGGAAGGAUACAGACUACGACUAAAUAAUGGGGAGACGCUGAAUAAAGACCAACUGAAUGCUGUGGAGAAGUAUGAAGAAGUUGUCCACAACCUUAUAUUUGCUAGAGACUUGCAGAAGACCUUCUGUGAUCUCACACAAGAUCUCCUGAAGGCUCAAAAGAAGGCUGUGCGGCGUGAACAGACUCUAAAGGCAUCGACAGAGCAGAGGCGGUUGUGUAUAAUGCUGCAGGUGCAAUAUGUCCUCCGCAGCCUUCAGAGGGACGAUAUCAGGAAGAACUUCUGCAAUGCACGUGAACAUGCCAAAUUCCUGUCCACACAGGAAGUGGAGAACCUGCUAGACUUGGCUUCAUUACUGGGAUGUAAGAGGGACGAGCGAAUGAGUUUAGAGGAUCAGAUGGAGCAGGCUUCUUUUGUUUAUUUAAAUCUACUGGAUGGAAAAGACAAACCAGUUGCUGGGUCAACAUAUAAGCAUUUCAAGGAGAAGCUGCUGAGAUUGGUGGACUGUGGCUUCUUUGAUCACCUCCCACCACCUCAAAAAUGCACAAGUGGGGUCUUGGAUGGCCUGAAGCCCAAUGCUUCCACACCCUGCAGCCUUCCUGCACUGGUCAGUUUGAACUCCAAUGAAGUGCCUUCACGAAAGUUUCUAAACAGACGCUACUCACCUGAGGCAGUCCUCACUGGUAACAGUCGUGGGGAAGAAAGGGACGUGACUCCACCACCGAAUUGGAGGGCAGAAUUUUUGGCCCUGAAGGAACAAGAACCUCCAGAUUCUUGGGAUAUGGAGCUUUCUGAUGCUCCAAGGCCUUCCCAGACAGUAUUACAGAAACCUUGGAAAGGAGCAGCAGGAUUUAUACCAAAAACCCCAGUUAUUAUGAAGAACCCUGCUGCUGACUCCAAACAGAAACGGCAGAGGAAAACUAAAGGAAGCCAGGAAUCAAAGUGUGAUGCUGAAGUGGAGGUAUUUAACUCCCCAUCUUCCCUAGCCAAAGACCCCACUCUGCGCAGACAGCAGCUGGACAACCUGAUGGAUCAGAUCACAGGCUCCUUUAGCUUCAUACAGGACUCUUUGCUGGAUGGAGAGGCUUCUCCCACUAAUGGCAGGUCCUUGAGGCUUCAUCUGUCCCCUGGCUCUAGUCCUCUUGCACAGAGAGAGCAGAAGAAGCCUCUGGCUGAUGAGCUGACUCAGAAUCAACAUUCUACUCCACUGCAUGCACGUGUGGUCUCUGGAGAUGGCAAAAUCCCUCUGAUCAAUGGCAAUCAGACUCUAGACAGUUGUGGCUUGGAGUUACACACUGAAGAUACUCCCAAUGCCAAACAAGAUGAAGGCUUCACCUCUCCACCUCUUUACUGCAGAGAGUCCUGCAUCUCUCUACCUCUGGAGGACAAGAACUCUAAACAGACAGGAAAGCUUUGUAAUGGAGAAAUGCCAACUCCUGUCUCAGCACAGUCCUUCACCACCCCGCCCAGCAGACGAUCUCUCACCAUGGCUAAUGCUUCUCCCUUUGACAGCAUGCAUUCUGUGUUCAGUGGGGAGCCUCCCAUAACAGUGAGUUCAGAGCUGAAGUCUGAAAGUGGCUUUUCAGGAUCCGUGUGUCUCAGCUAUAGUACAGCAAGCAGUCUGAGCUACACUACUGCCAGCACGCAGACCCCACCGGAGUUCAGCCUGCCCCAAGACGAUCUGCAAAUGGAGAGUGCGUACUUAUCGGAAAGUGAUCUCAGUGGGACCAGUCAAGUUUAUUCGUCUCCAGGCCCACCCUCUGCCCUUCAGCCUCAGUCCAGCCUCAGCCAGCCCCCGUAUUACCCCCGUAACACACUCAGAGGUACGGCACGUGGCAGCAGGGGCCUUCCACACUCCUACCGCUCACCAGGGUCCUCAAGAGGUGAUUAUGAGGUCCUCAGGGUGAAUAUGCGUGCCCCUGGUGGAGGCUACAUUGGCCAGACCCACAGAGAUCCUGGAUCAUUAUUGUAUAAUUCACGGGAAAAUGGUUAUCAGCUGAACCAUAAACGAACUGGAGGGCCAGCAGCUCAAAGGAACAGCUCUGCUGCAGGUUGGAGUGACUCUUCUCAGGUGAGCAGUCCAGAUCGGGAUUGCACAUACCUGCUGGACUCUGGCCACGGUGACUCCCUCUCCAUCUCACCCCUGGAGGUGCCAGUGGCUGGUCAGGGUACACACACCCUACUGCCUGUGCACGUCUAUCCAGUGUCCCAGCAGCUCCGCGUGGCCUUCUCAGCUGCCCGCACCGCCAAUUUUGCCCCUGGCACUCUGGAUCAACCAAUUGCCUUUGAUUUGCUGCACAGCAACCUGGGAGAUGUUUUUGAUGCCUCCUCCGGACGGUUUUCGUGUCCGGCUGCGGGCACCUACGUCUUCAUCUUCCACAUCCUCAAGCUGGCAGUCAACGUGCCGCUUUACAUCAACCUCAUGCGCAAUGAGGAAGUGAUGGUGUCUGCUUACGCCAACGACGGUGCGCCAGACCACGAGACUGCCAGCAACCACGCUGUGAUCCAGCUGUACCACGGUGACCAGGUGUGGCUACGUCUCCACCGCGGCGCCAUCUAUGGCAGCAGCUGGAAGUACAGCACCUUCUCAGGCUUUCUGCUGUACCAGGACUGAGUGUCCUUAACUAACCUGCUAUAAUAUAAAGGCACACAAUGGAGAGGCCAGUUUGGAUCCGUUUGGCCAACCGGUUACAUUGCGCUUGUUGCACUUUAAGUCUGUGGUGAACCUGCUGAUGCAUGCUAAGAGUCCCUGUCUAUAAGCAAGUCAGUCUUAGCCAUCAUGUUUAGACCCUUGAAGUAUGUUGCUCUUGGGCAUUGUUUACAUGGUAAUUUUUACAGUUACUUAAAAGGUUCAUGCUACAUACUUAUUGCACAAAGUAUUACCUGGAUGUGGCAGCACCUUGUGUUCAUUGAUUCCAUUUCUUCAUUUGGAUGAGGUUGAGUUUUUCAGUGCAGAGGGUUUCAGUUCUCCUGAUGCCCUCAUCUGGUUUGCUCAUUUUUAGAUGCAGAGUUUGAGCCAUACAUGUGAAGCCAUGUCUGCGACUGGUGCCUUUUCUUUUCUGAUUAUUGAUCACUUAAAUUGCUUACGUGAAUGUAGUUAUCUGAUAAUACUUGACAUGUUGAGCACUUUAAAAGGAGACUUUUGUGACUGUGUGUGCUAAAAAUGACAAACACUGAUUUUUGCCAAUAAGGUGAACCUAACAAUGGUCCCUCCUUGUGCCUGAAUAAAAGAUUAUGUGCAGUU